CAGUGAGUUACAGGUGAUAACAGGCUCAUGUGAAAGAGAACAUGAGUUAAACGUGCUUCACUCGCUCCUGGACAGUCCGCAUUGACCCAGUGCAGUGGAAUAAACCUUUGGAAAUCUGAGAUCGUUUAUUUUCUCAAAUGGUGAAGAUGUCUACUUUCUGUGGAGUAUUGUAUAGUUUCAACUCAGUUUUCGCUUUUAUUUUUUCCUGAAGUCAUCUGAGUAAUCACCUACACAUCAUCUGUUUUUUAUUUUAUUUUUUAUUUUUUAAGCAUUUGAGCCUCCUCUCUAUAUCAUUUAAAAUGGCUUUUGCAAAAUUUAGCAAGAUUCUUCGGCUUCCUACUAUUGACAUGAAGAAGAAAGUCAAGCAAUAUGAGCACGUUCACCGGGAUGUUAACCCGAACGACAUGUGGGAAAUUAUCGGGGAACUGGGCGAUGGUGCUUUCGGGAAAGUCUAUAAGGCUCAGAAUAAAGAAACGGGCGUGCUGGCUGCUGCCAAAGUGAUCGAAACCAAAAGCGCAGAGGAGCUGGAAGACUACAUGGUGGAAAUCGACAUCUUAGCAUCCUGUGACCAUCAGUACAUCGUCAAACUGCUCGACGCCUUCUUUUACGAAAACAAACUAUCGAUCAUGAUCGAGUUUUGCCCUGGAGGUGCGGUCGAUGCCACUAUGUUAGAGUUGGACAGGGGUCUUGAGGAGCCUCAGAUUCAGGUGGUCUGUAAACAGAUGCUGGAGGCUCUUCAGUACCUCCACAGCAUGAAGAUCAUCCACAGAGACCUGAAGGCCGGAAACAUCCUCCUCAUGCUAGAGGGAGACAUCAAGCUAGCUGAUUUUGGCGUUUCUGCAAAAAACAUGAAAACUCUCCAAAGACGAGACUCUUUUAUAGGGACACCAUAUUGGAUGGCUCCUGAGGUUGUGAUGUGUGAAACCAUGAAGGACGCUCCAUAUGACUACAAAGCAGAUAUCUGGUCUUUGGGCAUCACACUGAUAGAGCUGGCUCAGAUCGAGCCGCCCCACCAUGAGCUAAACCCCAUGAGGGUCCUGCUAAAAAUUGCUAAGUCUGAGCCGCCCACCCUGGAGCAGCCCGCCAAGUGGUCAAAUGAAUUUAAGGAUUUCCUGAAAAAGGCCUUGGAUAAAAACCCAGAGACGAGGCCGACCGCUGCUCAGCUUCUCGAACACCCAUUUGUGAGCUCCGUGAAGACAAACCGGCCACUGAGAGAGCUGGUAGCAGAGGCUAAAGCUGAAGUGAUGGAGGAGAUUGAGGACAAUCAUGAAGAAGCAGAAUAUGAUGAGCCGACUGACCUCUCACUUGUACAGGCCCCGGGAAAGGACCCGUCUGAACCCAGUGAAGCCAGUUUAGAAGGGGACCAUCCUCAUGACACACACCUCACUGAAACUCUAAUGGAGGUUGAAGAGGAGCCGAGGAAGCCCGUGUCCACCGAGACCCCCAUCAGAGAGCAGGAGGACAGCCUCAGCGAUAAGUUCGCUGAUGAAGAUCACGACAAACCCGAGAGCGAGACAUCAGGCAAGACCUCCAGCUCUGACUCCGGGAUCGAGGAUGGGAAAAGCACACCUACCUUGGAGGAGGACACCAAAGUGGUUGAGAACUCCGAACCAGAACCUUCAGAGUCAUUGGAGUCUUCUUCAGACACCCAAGAGCAACCAUCGGUGAUGUCAGUGAAACCUGAGGAUCCGGAGAAAAAAGCCCACCAAAAGGGAGCUCCAGACUCUCCUCUAUCCACCAAACAACCGUACGAGAUGCUCAACAUAACCACAUCCAAGGAGCGGAUAAACCUUGUGUCUGGGAUGAGCAACAGGUCGUCUUUGGUUGGGAAGGAUGUGGAGAGUUUGGUUCCUUACGCAAAUGGCAGGUUAUCGAAGCGACACUCUGACGCUGGCAGCGAGAACAUGGACAUCAGCCUGAAUAUGUCUGGAGACAUGUCCGUCAACAAGGACACCGGCACCAUCUCUGUUCGGGACUCCAAAAAGACACUCAAACGCACCCGUAAAUUCCGGGUUGAUGGUGUGGAAGUGAGCGUCACCACCUCCAAAAUCAUCACUGACGAUGAGAAGAAAGAUGAGGAGAUGAGGUUCCUCAGGCGUCAGGAACUGCGAGAGCUGCGUCUGUUACAGAAAGAGCAGCAUCGCUCUCAGGCCGUGCUCAACCUCAAACUCAAAGACCAACGAGAGCAGAUGCAACGCAGAUUUGACCAGGAGAUGAAUGCCAAGAAGAAAUUCUACGACACAGAGCUGGAGACUAUGGAGAAACAGCAGAAACAGACCAUAGAGAAGAUGGAGACGGAUCACGCCAUACGACUGCGAGACGAGACCAAACGCAUCCGCGCCGAACAGGAAAAAGCCUACCAAAAGUUCCUGGACCAGAUGAAGCACAAGAAGAAAGAGGUAAAACAAGAGGUGGAGAAACUUCCAAGGAGUCAGAGGAAAGACAGUAUGAAGGUCAAAAUGAACAACUUUCAACAGAUGAAAGUAACUGAGGAAGAGAGGUUUGUUGCGGAUCAGAAGGAGUAUCUUGAGUCAACGCUGAAGAGGAUCGUUGACGAAAACAAGCGGGAGAUCUCUGAGACGGAGCGCCAGUGCCUCAACAACAAACAACAUCUCAUUAGAGUGCGAGAGGCCACUAUCUGGGACCUGGAAGAGAAGAACCUUCAUGAGAGACACCAGCUCUUCAAACAGCAGCUGAAGGACCAGUACUUCCUGCAGAGACACCAGCUCCUCAAGAAACACGAGAAGGAACAAGAGCAUAUGCAGUGUUAUAACCAACGCAUGAUCGAGAUCCUGAAGGCCCGGCAGCAGCAGGAGAAGAACAGACUGCCCAAGAUCCAGCGCAGCGAGGGCAAAACACGCAUGGUGAUGUUCAAGAAGAGCCUGAGGAUCAACUCCACCGGAAGCUCUGCAGAAGACCGUGAGAAGAUCAAACAGUUUUCCAGACAGGAGGAGAAGCGUCAGAAAGCGGAGCGACUGCACCAGCAGCAGAAACAUGAAAAUCAGAUGAGGGAGAUGAUCGGCCAGUGUGAGAGUAACAUCAGAGAAUUACAGCAGCUACAGAACGAGAAGUGUCAUCUGCUGAUAGAGAAUGAGACACUGCGUCUGAAGUCACUGGAUGAGCAGCACAACCAGCAGCUGAAGGACUGGAGAGAGCAGCUGAAGCCCAGGAAGAAGGUUUUGGAGGAUGAACUGAACCAGAAGCAAAAAGAGCAGGAGAUUUUCUUCAAGAUGAGUGAAGACUUUGAGUUUCAGAACCUCGGCUCGCCCAACAAACUCACCAAGUUCCUGCCGUACGCUGAUUCCUCCACCACAUGAGCUGCUGCCCCAAAACACACCCUCACGUCAGCGGACUGCACACCAAGUGUUUUACUUUUUCGUGGAAGACUUUUAUGAAGGUUUAAUCGGAUAUUAGCUCACAGAUCUCAAUGAAAAUCAGUGAGUGCAGUUUGAAGCUCCUAAAGCAAGUUUUGCGUUAACUGAACCGGAUUUAUCACACUGAAGCAGUGCAAAGCCAAAGAACUAAGUUAAACUAUUGCUGAGAAUUUACCAAAAAAAACAAUCACCAAAAUUGACCUACUUUGCUCGUAACGGCAUAUUUAAAUGUCUAAAUCAGUAAUCACAUCCAGCUGUACUUUUAUGUUCAUUUAUUACCGGGUUCAUUGGUAGAUUUCUGGUCAACAUUGAGAAAAGUACUUUGAUAUGAUACAUUGAUUUAAAAAGGGUUCAUGUGCUCAUGAAUAAUUAAUUAGGGGGAUUGAGCUGUUUCACUUGGAUUAGUUUCUUAUUUACCACACAAGAUCUGAAUUUAGACCCUCUUGCCUUCGUUUAAAAGCUUUUGAUCUUCAAAUUUGAUCUUUAGUUAAAUUGCCAAAUAUAUUGUAUAAACAUUAUAUAUUCUUAUAUAUUUUUACUUUUUUUCAAUAAUCUUUUAACGUAUACAUCAAUAUUCGCUUUACAUUUUUCUAACAAAUUAUAUAACCAAUUUCAACCUUGUGCAAAUGUUUAAUUGCUGGAAACAUUUUGUUGCAAAGGAAUUUACAUUUUGUAAUUUUUUGAACUGCUGCAAAAGUUGUUCUUUACUAAACUGAACUGCAGAAAUGCAACUUUUAAUUGGUACAUUUAAGUUAUUUUACUUGUCAUACUUUUAUUGUCAUCAGAGAUGUUUUUUGUCGGUGUACGUAUUAGAACGCAACUAAUUUGCCACUUUUAUUAUUAUUCUGCGAUGUUCACCAAAAUGUGAGUUAUACUCUGCCACCAAACUGUCAGUGGCACAUUUACUGUAAACACAACACACUGGAUGGGAUAAGACCGUGCUGGUACUGACCGUACCUGCAAACGCCAAAGUUGAAGACUCCACUAACAUAAGGGUUGAUUUUUGUUUACGCUAAAAAGAAGAUGCUUCAUAUGAAAUUAUAAUGUUUUCCUAUUUCUUUUUAUCAUAUUGUUGGCUGUUCAAAGCACUGUCACCUAACCAAAGUGCAAUAUGUUGAGUUCUUUCUUUAAAUGUGUUCAGAUUUUACCUAUUUUGUGUUAUUUUAUCCAUUCUCCAAAACAUGUAUAAACAUUUGGUACGAGAUUUACACCUGUUUUUCAGUUCCUAUACAAUUACUUUUAAUUUCUCGUAUUCCAGUUUUUAAAGUUUUCCCAGCACAAUUUCGAUCAUUCCUUUAAGUCUAGUAACCAAAGGUUUCGUGUGGAUGGAUGUCUCAGUGUAAAAAACUGUUGUCUUACAAGAGUUCAUAUAAUAAAUGAGAUGUUUAUAAUUCA